GCGUCCGCCUCCUCAGAAAACGCGGGAACUCUCAGAGCUGCAGGUUGUGCGGACACGCGGGCAACUGCAGCGACUGAGUACCGGACUGCGGAGUCCGACGACUGAGAGGGGAACGAUGUCCAAGAGAUCUCGGGCGCCCAGUGACCUCGGAGGGCCCGCGGCGCCACUUACCGCGCCCACCUUGCGGAAACGCGCCACCUCGCUAGAGCGGCUACUGCGCAGGCGCUGGGCCGGGAAAGCGGAAGCGGAAAUCUUGACGCGUCGGAUGCGUUUUACCGACUGAUAGCCAUGCGCCGUUUGCAGGAGCUGGGGCCUCGCCCCACAGCGACCCCGUGCGGGUGCGUGAAGCCGACCUUGGAGACAGGAAAUCUUUUAACUGAGCCGAUAGGCUACUUGGAAUCCUGUUUUACAGCCAAGAACGGAACUCCACGGCAGCCAUCCAUUUGUAGCCAUUCACGAGCCUGUUUGAGGAUUAGAAAGAACAUCUUUAAUAAUCCUGCACAUUCCUUGAUGGGGUUAGAACAGUUUUCUCAUGUUUGGAUUUUGUUUGUUUUUCACAAAAAUGGUCAUUUGAGUUAUAAGGCAAAAGUGCAGCCCCCUAGGCUGAACGGUGCAAAGACUGGAGUAUUUUCCACAAGGAGCCCUCAUCGCCCCAAUGCAAUAGGACUGACCUUGGCCAAGCUGGAGAAGGUAGAAGGUGGAGCUAUAUACCUAUCUGGGAUUGACAUGAUACAUGGCACACCAGUACUAGACAUAAAGCCCUACAUAGCUGAUUAUGACUCACCACAGAAUUUGAUGGAACCUUUAGGGGACUUUAAUCUGCAGAAUAACCCACAUAAACCCAAAACUGUGUCCCAGUCUGAUGGUAAGACUAAUAGCUAUGACCAGCAACAGCUCUCAGGAUGUGUUACACCACAGCUGUACCAAAGCACUAAGGAGAAAUCUAAAUGUCCUAAAGACAGAGCUUCAGAAGAAAACUACCUGAAACACAAUGAUACAAGAAAAAUCCAGCAACCCUUGCCUAAGGGCAGAGAGAGAGCAACAGAUCUUGGGGUGGAGCCAAGAAGCCAUCAGAGUCUGAAUGUGGCAGAAGAGCAGAUGGGCCCACAUGGCCUUGAGAAGACCCCUCUAGAGGGGGGUACAAAUAAGAGGCCAGUGAGUGGAGAAGGAGCCCCAGCUGUGCCAGGAAAUAGUAUGGAGAUGCAGCCCCUGCCUCAUCCCUGCCCAGCCAGGACCAGGACGACUGACAGCAUUGUUCCUGCCUGGGUGAGAGAGGCACCCGAGGCCCCUUUACAAGUCCGGUUUACUCCUCAUGCAGAGAUGGACCUCUGGCAGCUCAGCUCAGGUGAAUCAGAUCCUGGCCAGGUGUCCUUUAGGUAUUUUCAAUCAACAGAGGAAGCAAAGUGUGCCAUUGAGGCUGUGCUGUCUGCCGAUCCCCGCUCAGUGUAUCGGCGGAAGCUCUGCCAGGACCGCCUUUUCUACUUCACUGUGGACACAGCACACAUCACUUGCUGGUUUGGCGAUGGCUUUGCGGAGGUUCUCAGGAUCAAGCUGGCCCCUGAGCCUGUGCAUAAGACUGAGCCUGUGGAUCUUUGAUGUCUCUGGGAUCUUAAGGAGCCUCCAUCGUAUCUUUGAAACAGCCUCAUUGGCCUCGGGAUUUUUUUCUUCAAGCUAAUUUUGUGUCUUUGUAGAAAGAAGCAUCAUUUUACAGUUUCACUACCUUGAUUGGGGGAUAUUCAAAAUAUUUAUUUGAAAAUGUAUUUCAAUAAACUUAACUAAGAGAUAUAAGAUACAGGAUAAUCACCACAUCCUUUUUGACCUGCUAAUAUUGGAGAAUCCAAAGGUGAUGCCAAUCUUGCUGAUUUCCAAAAAAGCUGAUUGUUUUUUGCACUUGAUAAAAUUAGGCAGAGAUCAUUCUAGCAGACUUUGACACUAGAGUUGACCUGUUCAUUGAUUCACAUUGGGGUUGGGGAUGUAGCUCUGUGGCAGAGUGCUUGCUUGGCAUGUGUGAGGACCUGCAUUUGGGCACCAGCAGUGCAAAAAAUAAAAAUAAAAA